GAUAAAAUAUGUUUUGCAAUGGACCUGAUGGCGAGCGACCUGUAUGUUAAUUUGAAACGUCGUCCUUUGUACUGCUCCCUCAAUUCUCGCAGGUGGGUGGCGCAAAUGACCCUUGGAAUUAAUGCUCUGCAUGAGAUAGGGAUCAUCCACCGAGACAUCAAAGCCGCCAACAUACUGAUUGACGUUCGAGAGAACGUGCGCAUCACCGACUUUGGCUUGAGUUAUGUAGACAAAGACGAAGGACCCUUGGACCGACAGCGAAAUUAUUCUGCGGAUGCGAUGGGAACGACACACACCAUGGCACCGGAGGUCCUGCGCAACAGAUCUGACCCCCGUCCUUGGGAGUACGGAGCACCCGCAGACUGGUGGUCGUUAGGCUGCGUCAUCUACCAGCUCGUUUCGAAGAAGCACAAGUCACUCUUUGUUACAGGGGACGACAUAUUUUCCUAUGUUUCUUGGUGCUCCAGCCGCGACGAACCAUCCAAGCAAUUCCCUGCCCUCGAAGAUUAUUUGAUCUCUGGGCUGCUGCAACCCGACCCGUCAUCGCGGUUUGGGUUCGCUGAAGUCGUGAAUCAUAGAUCGUUUUUGUCCAAAGCCGGCACGUCAGAAUUCACCAACGCAUACUCUCGCGCGCUUGAGCGCCAAGAAGUUCCAUCUUCGCUGCCAGACUUACAACGUGGUCAAGACACCAGCACAGCAGAGAUCUGGUUUCCCCAACCUUCCUGGGAGGAAUCGCACGUUCCGGAUGUGGACUGGGUCAAGCCGACACUUUUUUCUUCCUUAUGAUGGCUCUUCAGUCCAGUCGGUGCUCAUUUCG